AUGCACAUUCAACGUACCUCUGAUGCACUUUUGUGCCAAGUGUUCCCGACUACUCUUAAAGGACAAGCUCGAACAUGGUUCUACUCUUCGUUGAGGGACAUUGUAAACACCUUUAAUGAGCUUGCCAGACUGUUCACAGAGCAGUUCAUCGCAAAUCAAAGGAUCAUCAAGGAUUCAUCCCAUCUCUCGGUAGUUCACCAAAGUGAAGGAGAGUCACUGAAGGACUACUUCCGCAAAUUCUCUACUGAAGCCCGUCAGAUUCCGGGAGUAGAUUCAGAGUUACUAAGAGGAGUCUUCCUUGGGGGGCUCCGCUCAGGACCCUUUUACUCAUCAUUGAUGUGGGAACAGUUCACUCUUAUGUUGACCUUGUUCACCGUGUUGAGGCACAAAUCUCUGGAUGAGGCCAUCAUUGCUCAUAAGGAAUAA